GGAGGCGGGCGCGUGCGGCUGACUGACAGCCCACGCCGCGGCGCCAGGAAAGGACCCGGCUGCUCGCGGGCGGCGCAGUCGCCGCAGCCUCGGAGUCCGACGGCACCGGUUCGCUGCCCGGUCCGCCCGCGAUGCCGUAGGCCCAGGUGAGCUGCUGCGAAGGACUCAUUCUUGGUGGCCCGCAGUUACCGGCGGCUUGUGAGCUGGGUAGACUCCUGCUAACGCAGCUGGGACACCAGUCUGCUGGGCUCCCCUCCAGGCAUCCUCCCCAGCAGCUCCUGCAUCCAUGGAGGCCCCGGAGGUCCCCGUGGGCUCCCUAAUCGACUUUGAGCCUGAGGCACCCACCUCUUCUUCCCUGGAGACACCACCCCCUGCGUUGCAGGACAAGGAUGGCUCCCUGGGGGACGGCGCGUCGGAGAGCGAGACCACUGAGUCUGCGGACAGUGAAAAUGACAUGGGCGAGUCGCCCUCACAUCCGUCCUGGGACCAGGACCGCCGCUCCUCCUCCAACGAGUCCUUCUCCUCCAACCAGAGCACCGAAUCUACCCAGGAUGAAGAGACCCUGGCACUCAGGGACUUCAUGCGUGGCUACGUGGAGAAGAUCUUCUCUGGAGGAGAGGACUUGGACCAGGAGGAGAAAGCCAAGUUUGGAGAGUACUGUAGCAGUGAAGAUGGAAAAGGCCGGGAGUGGUUUGCUCGUUACGUGAGUGCCCAGCGCUGCAACUCCAAGUGUGUCUCCGAGGCAACCUUCUACCGCCUGGUGCAGUCUUUUGCAGUGGUGCUGUUCGAGUGCCAUCAGAUGGAUGACUUUGGGCCUGCCAAGAACCUCAUGACCAUGUGCUUCACCUACUACCACAUCGGAAAACCACAGCUGCAGCCCCCAGAGUCCCGGGAGAAGCCCAUGGGCAGCAUCGACUCCUACCUGAAGUCCGCAAACAGCUGGCUGGCCGAGAAGAAGGACAUCGCCGAGCGCCUGCUGAAGAACACCUCCGCCAGGACCGAGAACGUCAAGGGCUUCUUCGGGGGACUGGAGACCAAGCUGAAGGGGCCCCUGGUCAGGAAGAAUGAGGAAGACGAGAACAAACCCCAGGAGAAGCCACCCAGGGCUGGGACCGUGUACAGCCCCGAGGACGAAAAGAAGGGGGAGAAGAUCUACUUGUACACGCACCUGAAGCAGCAGCCCAUCUGGCACACGCUGAGGUUCUGGAACGCAGCCUUUUUUGACGCUGUCCAUUGUGAGAGGACAAAGCGAUCUCCCACCACCAGAGGGGAUGCUGGAGAGGAGGAGGAGAAGAGGGAGAAGUGGUGCCACAUGACCCAGGAGGAGCGUGACGACAGCCUCCGGUUCAACGAGAACAUCACCUUUGGGCAGCUGGGCACAUUCACGCACAACAUGCUGGCCUUCGGCCUGAACAAGAAGCUGUGCAAUGACUUCCUGAAGAAGCAGGCUGUGAUUGGCAACCUGGACGAAGAGCAAUACAAGCUGCUCAGUGACCACAUUGAGCAAAUGGCCACUGAGUAGGCCCCAGAGGUUGCACUCUGCGGAGGACUGAGCCCACGUGCUGUUCUACCGGGCCCGGUGCCCGGCUGCCACCCCACCCGAUGACCUGCAUGAAGCCAGCAGCACCCAGAGUCGCUCCCGCUGCCCUAGAACUAGCAGUUAGAAGAAUCCGCUGCUCCUCCCUCCUCUCCUCUGCCUGUGUCUGUGCCCCCCAUCCAUGUGCCAAAGUGUCUCUUGGGUCCCACGGCUAAAGCCGAGGUGAUCAGCCGUACUCUGAGUGCCAGGCUUGUGAGAAGAGACCAAGAGGGAGGAGGGGAAGGACGCCAUGGGCCAUUGAAGGCCAAGGGCUGGCGAGGGUGGGGCAGGCGAGAGACACAGGCAGGAUAGCCUUGAGGGGGGGCUGCAGCCCUCCAGUGGCAGAGGACUGGAGAUGCCGCUCACAGCGGAUGGCCCUGGGUCGUGUUCCUGCUACAGGGUCGGCCCUCUCCGACCUUGAGGAGGAAACACCUGUUUUAGGGAGAGGGCAGGUGUGGUGUAGAGGAUGCUCUUGGCUGGCUAGAGCAAGACCUGGCACCACCAGAGGGACGUGUGUGUGCCUGCAGAUGGCCUGGGAUCUGUGUGUCUGUCAGAGUCACAGCAGUGCCGAGGUGUCUGCAGCAGACCACGAAAACCAUCUGAAAUGCGCCCGCCUGGCCGACAGCUCCCUUCUGAAGCAGAGAAGCCUGUUCGGUCAUGAAGCAGCGUUGUGCCGUGUGUCCCACACAAGAAGUACAGGAAAGAAGUUUCUUUACUAGCUGCUAGACAAUGCCCCUUUCUAAAGGCAAACAGUGCUGCUCUUUAUUCCAGACAAGGCAGGAAAGUCUGAGUUGGGAGUGACAGCUGCUGGAGAGAGGCAGUUCUGGGCAACGCGCAGGGCGAGCCGGUGGCACCAACUCCGCCUCCAAGCGCUGAGCGUUGUGUCCCUGCCCCCAGGGGCUCCAGAAGGCGCUUUUCCUUCCCCACCAGACCUUUGGAGUUCCUUCCUCCAGCCUCUGCAGAUACGCCCUUCACCUACUGCCUGGGAACCACGGCCCUUCUCUUCUGUGGGUCUGUACCACACACACUUCAGGCCAGCCCGUGGCCCGGGGCCUGACUCCCAGCAACCGCAGGGUGGCUCCGGAGCCUCCUGUUUCACCACGCGUGGAUGCUGCCAGCCUGCCUGGGGUUCCCUGCCUCUUUCCCGUCACCACUGCGGUCACUGACUGUGAAAUAGGCCCAUGGGGCUCUCCCUCCACCUGCCAUCCUCCCCUCCCGUCCUUCCUGGCUACCUCCUCUGACAUUGGGUCACAUAAGUCCCGUCUUGUCUGUCAGCACCACAGAAGCACCUGAGAGUCACCUGGCCACUGCUUGGAAGGUUUUCCUCUGGGGAAUGCU